AUGAACCUCCAGGUCCAACUCCUCCUACUACUAUGCUCGAUACUAUACUUGUGUGUGGAGGCCGGCCGGGAUUUCUAUAAAAUCCUCGAUGUACCGCGAGGGGCGACCGAGCACCAGAUCAAGAAGGCCUAUCGAAAAAUGGCGAAAGAAUGGCAUCCGGAUCGACAUCCGGACGAUGAGGAGGCCCAUGAAAAGUUUCAGGAUUUGGCAGCCGCCUAUGAGGUACUUUCUGACAAGAAAAAGCGAUCGGUAUACGAUCGAUCUGGGGAGGAAGGCGUGAAGAAAAUGGAGGGUGGGGGCGGAGGCCACAACCACGAUCACUUCUCCUCAUUCUUCGGGGACUUCUUUGGCGGCGGCGGUCAUGACGACGGCGAGCGGGAAACGCCAAAGGGAGCCGAUGUCGUGAUGGAUCUGUUCGCUUCACUGGAAGAAGUUUACAAUGGUCAUUUUGUCACUAUCAAGCGGAAAAAGCCCGUCUACAAGCAGACAUCCGGAACUCGGGAAUGCAACUGUAGACACGAGAUGCGAACCGAACAAAUGGGCAUGGGACGAUUCCAGAUGUACCAGGUGAAAGUUUGCGACGAAUGCCCGAACGUGAAACUCAUACAAGAAACGAAGAUUUUGGAGGUCGAAGUAGAGGUGGGAGCCGACGACGGACACGAGCAAGUCUUCGUCGGUGAAGGCGAGCCGCACAUCGAGGGAGACCCAGGAGAUCUGCGAUUCAAGAUCAACAUCCAGAAGCACCCUCGCUUUGAGCGCAAGGGCAUGGAUCUGUACACAAAUGUUACGAUCUCGCUGCAAGAUGCCCUCAACGGUUUCGAGCUCGAAAUUGACCAUUUGGACGGCCACAAAGUGAAGGUGGAGCGAGAAAAGAUCACGUGGCCCGGUGCUCGAAUCCGGAAGAAGGACGAGGGCAUGCCGUCGCUCACAGAUAACAACCAAAAGGGAAAUCUGUACAUCACAUUCGACGUCGAUUUCCCGAAGGGUGAGAUGACCCCUGAACAAAAGAAAGCCCUCGCCGAACUGCUCAACCAAUCCACGAAACCCAAGAUUUACAACGGACUUCAGGGAUAU